UCACUUCUUUUAUAUUCUUUCCUUUUCUCCCCUCGCCCAACUGCGUCCUCCACCUUCCAUCCUUCCGUCGCCGCCCUUCGUCGUCCGUCCGGCUAGGAAUUGGAAAAGAAGUGAACUCCCCUGCUACGCCCCAUUCCAUAUAUGCCUAGAUUCAGUAAUAGCAAACUUCACUAGCUCGGGCUAUCUCUAGGUAGAGACUCAUGCAUUUCAAACCUCAUCGAGGCUUAUGCUGGGGGUGCCAUUUUCACUACGCCCUAUAUCAUCCUCCUCGAUCUUCUCCUUCUCGAAAAAUAGCAUCUUUAAGUCUCUUCUUUUUGUCAGAAAAGUCAGCAGUCUCUAUGCAGCUUGCCACGCUCAGGAUGAAUCAAUUGAAGGAGAAGUGGAAGGCCAUCCAACCGAGACAAUGUCAAAAAGAGACGCCUUUACCGUUCUUAAUGAAGUGGAUGUUGGUGUUCGCAUUGGUCGUAGUUCACAUGCUUCUCUGCUUGAUUGUAUACCAAAUGUUGGUUCUUUAGUGGAUGCUAGAGAGACACAUACUAGGAAUUUGAAGAAGCCAUGCCACUUUGUUGGCACUCCGCAAAAUUGUCAGGUUGAUUCAUAUUUGGCAUUCGGUGAUAGCACAAUCAAUUCGCUUGAUGAUAUGCCUCACAGAACUUUAUCUAACCACAAGAUUGUGGGGCUACUUCAGAGAAAAGAGUACAACAAAGUUUUAAGCUGGUUUAUGCGAAUAAUGAGAAACUGUGGUGAUCCUCAUUCCGUUGUCAUUGCUAGCGCCUUGCGAGCAUGUUGUGGAAAUAAUAAUUAUUGGUUCCUUGGGCAACAAAUUCAUGCGAAGACAAUAAGGUAUGGUUUUGUUCGUGAUUCUAUUGUUGGCAAUCCUUUGAUUGAUCUGUAUUCGAAAAGUGGCUAUGUAGAUUCUGCACGGUCUGUAUUUGAGGACCUAAUGCUGAAGGAUAGCAUUUCAUGGGUGGCCAUGUUGUCUUGUCUUUCACAAAAUGGGUUAGGAGGGGAAGCUCUUCAUCUUUUUAGGGAGAUGCUCCUUUAUGGAAUUGUUCUUACCCCUUAUGUUCUCUCCAGUGUUCUCAGUGCUUGCACAAAGACUGAUCUCUUUGAGCAUGGUGAGUUGAUCCAUGCCCAAGUGGUUAAGCUAGGGUUCUUUUCUGAAACUGUCGUGGGCAAUGCUCUUGUUACAUUGUAUUCACGGUGUGGAAGUCUGGUAUUGGCGGAACAAAUAUUUAAUGAGAUGCGAUGUCGUGAUAGAGUCACAUACAACACACUGAUUUCUGGAUAUGCACAAAAUGGGAAGAAGGAAACUCCUUUUCGUAUUUUUGAACUUAUGCAAUGUGCAGGAUUCAGACCUGACUCGAUCACAAUUGCUGCUCUUCUAACUGCUUGCAGCUCUAUUGGAGAUGUUCAGAGAGGAAAGCAGCUCCAUUCUUAUGUGCUUAAAGCUGGAUUGUCUUCAGAAUAUAUAAUCGAGGGUUCCAUUCUCGAUCUCUAUGUUAAAUGUGCUGACAUAGAAACUGCCCGUGAGUUUUUCAAUUCAACUGAUAGAGGAAAUGUUGUCUUGUGGAAUGUAAUGCUUGUUGCUUAUGGUCAGAUGGGUGAUUUAGGAAAAUCUUUUGAUAUGUUCUAUCAGAUGCAAAGUGAGGGCAUGCAACCUAAUCAAUAUACAUAUCCCAGCAUACUAAGAACUUGCACUUAUGUUGGUGAUCUUGAACUCGGAGAACAAAUUCAUACAUUGACCAUAAAGACGGGAUUUGAGCUUAAUGUUUAUGUCAGUAGUGUACUCAUAGAUAUGUAUUCCAAAUGUCGACACUUUGAGAUGGCUAGGAAUAUUCUUGAAAGGCUCGACGAGAAAGAUGUUGUCUCUUGGACUGCCAUGAUUGCUGGCUAUGCACAGCAUGACUUUUGCCUAGAAGCUCUUCGAACAUUUGUGGAAAUGCAAUUGCAUGGCAUAAAAGCGGAUAACAUUGGCUUAGCUAGUGCUAUUAGUUCAUGUGCUGGAAUCAAAGCCAUCAAACAGGGAUUGCAGAUUCAUGCACAGGCUUGUAUCAGUGGUUAUGCAACAGAUAUUUCAAUUGGAAAUUCACUCAUCAACUUAUAUGCCCGAUGUGGUAGGACAAAGGAAGCCUAUUCUGUGUUUGACAUUGUUAAGAUUAAAGAUGAGGUUUCCUGGAAUGGAUUGAUAUCAGGAUUUGCACAGAGUGGAAGCUGGGAGGAGGCUCUAAAGGUGUUUGAGAGAAUGGACAAGUAUGGUGUUAGGGCAAACAUGUUUACAUUUGGGUCUGCACUGAGUGCUUCUGCCAACAUGGCUGAGAUCAAACAAGGCAAGCAGAUCCAUGCUAGAAUUAUAAAAACUGGUUAUGAUUGUGAAAUAGAGGCUGGUAAUGCAUUAAUUUCGCUUUAUGCUAAAUGUGGUUUGAUUGAAGAUGCAAAAACUGAGUUCUUUAUAAUGCCUGAGAGGAAUGAGAUUUCAUGGAAUGCAAUGAUUACAGGCUAUUCCCAACAUGGGCAUGGCCAUGAUGCACUAAAGCUUUUUGAGCAAAUGAAGCAAGAAAAACUUACACCAAAUCAUGUUACUUACAUAGGCAUUUUAGCUGCUUGUAGUCAUAUAGGUUUAGUAGAGCAAGGGCUCGCCUACUUCAGGUCAAUGAAGGAAGAGCAUUGUCUCCUUCCAAGGCCAGAUCAUUAUGCUUGUAUUGUGGAUAUUCUGGGACGCAGCGGACAACUUGUCCGUGCUAAAGAGUUCAUUGAGGAGAUGCCAAUUGCCCCAGAUGCUAUGGUAUGGAGAACCUUACUUAGUGCUUGUACAGUUCACAAGAACUUGGAAAUUGGAGAAGUUGCAGCUAAGCAUCUUCUGGAGUUAGAACCAGAUGAUUCAGCCAGCUAUGUACUCCUGUCAAACAUCUAUGCAGUGGCAAGGAAAUGGGAUUGCAGGGAUGAGUUGAGGCAGUUAAUGAAAGAUAAAGGUGUUAAAAAAGAGCCUGGACGAAGUUGGAUCGAAGUAAAGAAUAAGGUUCAUGCAUUCUUUGUUGGAGAUAAGUUGCAUGAACAAGCAGAUACAAUCUAUAAAUUCUUGGAAGACUUGAACAACAGGGCGGCUGAAAUAGGCUACACGCAAGAUAAGUAUUAUUUAUUACAUGAUUCAGAGCAAGAUCAGAAAGACCACACAGCACACACCCACAGCGAGAAGCUUGCUGUUGCUUUUGGUUUAAUGAGUUUGUCUCCGGAAAUACCCCUCCUAGUGAUGAAGAAUCUUCGCGUGUGUAGCGACUGCCAUAAUUGGAUGAAAUUUGUUUCAAGUCUUGCAUGCCGAGCAAUCGUAUUACGUGAUCCCUAUCGGUUUCAUCAUUUUUAUAAAGGAAGCUGCUCGUGCGGAGACUAUUGGUGAAAUUUUAGGAUCUGAUUGUUCCAACAAGGUACCAGUGUGAUACUAUGUAAAUGCUAUUUACUUGCAAUGUAAGGAUAUAAAUGCCCUAUUGAUUCAGCAAUUAGAAAGGAAACAAAAACAAAAUAUUAUUGGCAGAUGGCUAAUGCAUUGUCUUAACUUUUGUUGUUAUGUUGACAUCUGAAAAUCCAAGGAAUGAAGAUCCAUGUGUUUGGAGGGUUUCGGCACUGCCUAGUUACACAUAAAAGGUCCUAUCAUCACACACAAGGCUUUGAGCCUUUGAGGCUGAGUGGGUUCUAGGAGGUUAGAUGAGUAAGGAGACAGAGACAAGAUAGGGAAGGUGAACAUUCGAGUCUUCAUUCUUUUUGUUACAACUUGAUCCGAUCAAACCAGGUGUGCAGCUUACAAAUGAACUAAGCUAGUUAAGAGAAGACGGUUGGAUUGUUUGUUUAUUUUCAUGUCAUUUGAGGAGUGGACUGUCAUGAUUAGGGGUGUAAUUGAACUAAACAGUGAGAAGCUUGCGAGUUAUAA